AUGAGAAAAACGAACGAAAUUUUUCACUUUGAUUAUUAUCAAUUACGAAAUGAUUAUAAUGCUGAAAGUCUUUUUGCCGCUAGUGACUAUAAUCGAACGAUUUUGAAGUCAACCGAUAAUCAACAACAACAAAAUACAAUGGAUUCAAGUGGCUUAAUCCAUUUGAUUGCUACUCGUGGUGAGACAAAUGUUACUGAUAAUACUAAUAAUGAAUCAAUUGUAAAUAUUCGAACAGAUGAUCAAACAAGUGAACAAGCACAUGAACAAUUACGUGAUGAAAACCUUCCAGAAGAUCAACAUGAACAAGUACCUCUCCUCGAUAUAUUAGCUAAGCUAAUUUAUUUUAUAAGAGAAUCUUUUUUUUUAAUUGAUAUUUUACUUACGGGUGCUGAAGACGGUGGAACUGUAUCGACAGAUAAAAUUGAUGCAUUACGUAAGCCAGCAUUAUGA